UUAUUUUUUAUAUAGGGGAACAACAUGUACACAUAUAAAUAAAUACAAAAUAUAAUCAAUGUGGGCACAAGAUAAUUUUGGAGGGAGGCUUGGAAGUGGAUGUGUGGGGAGGUGGCAUUUGAGUUUGAAGGAGGCAGAAGUCCAUUAGGGAAUGAACUUCAGACAUGGGGAAAGGAGAUUUGUAUAAAGGUAUAGUAACUGGAACGGAAAUAUGUAAGAUACAGCAGGCAAGCCAGUUUGGCUGGACAGCAAGGAGUCUCAAGGGGAAACUUAGGAUACAGCUAGAAAGGUAAAUUAGAACCAGGUGGUGAAGAGAUUUAAAUGCAUAAAAAAGGAGUUUGUGGGUGCCUAGUGAGCUUAUUGAUUGAGAAAGGGAAUGACACAGUGAAAGGGCGCUCUGAGAAAGAGCAGAUGGCUAAAUGGGUGAUAAACUGAAGAGGGACAAAAAGCACCAGUCACCAAGAAGUAUGUAAUCAAUGGAUAAUUGAUCAGUCAACAUUUACGCAAUGCCUGUUAUGUACUUGGGAAUAAAAUAUAUAUGGGUGUGUAUGUGUACAUAUUUGUAUAUACAUAUAUAUAUUUGCAUGUAUAUACACACAAUAUAUAAAAUAAAUGAAAAAGACCUCUCUGCCCUCAAAGAGCUCGCACUCAAUUGUGAAUAAUAAUAAUAGCGUGAAGGCAGUACUCGGCGCGAGAACCGCAGCGGGGUCUCUGUCAGGUCUUAGGAAAAAGUAUAAAAAUGAGACUCUGCACCUGCGCACAAGUACAGCCCCAACGAGGGGCUGAAUGACGGUCGAAAGGAGCGGUGGGGGUGGGGGUCGGGGAGGGGGGAGGGUAGUUGCGUCGGAGCGCAUCUUGAUUGGUCAGCGUUCGCGUGAGAGGCCGUCCCUUCUCGUCACCAUGUAAACAGGGCUCUAAGGGGGCGGGGCUUCCGGGGGGCGGGGCAGGGUUAGCCGGGGAGUGACGCGGAUUGGUCCGGUGCCGGGGCUUCGCAGAGCCAAGCGCGUCCGGGAGCCGGCCGCCUCAGGGAUGGACGAAACUAGCCCCCUGGUGUCCCCGGAGCGGGCCCACCCCCCGGACUACACGUUCCCAUCGGGCCCGGGCCCGGGCGCUCACUUCCCUCAGGUGCCAGGGGCCGUGGUGCGGGUAGUGCCGGCGUCCGGCCUGGGGCCGUCGCCGCCGGGUUCCCCGUGCCGGGACCGGGAGCGGCAGCCACUGCUGGAGCGGGGCCCGGGCGGGGCGCGGGGCGCUGCGGUCCAGGCGCAGGCCCAGGCUGUGGCGGCCCAGGCGCAGGCCCUGGCGGCCCAGGCCCACGCGGCGGCGCAGGCGGCGCAGGCCCAGCGGGAGCGGAACGAGUUCCCGGACGACCCCGAGUUCGGCGAAGUGGUGCGGCUGGCGGAGCUGGCGAGCGAGCGAGGCAUCUACCCCGAGCGCAUCUACCAGGGAUCCAGCGGCAGCUACUUCGUCAAGGACCCCCAGGGGAAAAUCAUUGGUGUCUUCAAACCCAAGAAUGAAGAGCCAUAUGGGCACCUUAACCCCAAGUGGACCAAAUGGCUGCAGAAACUGUGCUGCCCCUGCUGCUUUGGCCGUGAUUGUCUUGUCCUCAAUCAGGGUUAUCUCUCAGAAGCAGGGGCCAGUUUGGUGGACCAAAAACUGGAACUCAAUAUUGUACCCCGUACUAAGGUAGUAUAUCUGGCUAGUGAGACCUUCAACUACAGUGCCAUUGAUCGAGUGAAGUCCAGGGGGAAGCGACUCGCCCUAGAAAAAGUGCCAAAAGUUGGACAGCGGUUCAACCGAAUCGGGCUCCCACCCAAGGUUGGUUCGUUCCAGCUCUUUGUUGAAGGCUACAAGGAUGCUGACUAUUGGCUGCGACGAUUUGAGGCAGACUCACUGCCUGAGAACACGAAUCGGCAGCUGCUGCUUCAGUUUGAGCGGUUGGUGGUACUAGAUUACAUCAUCCGAAACACUGAUAGAGGCAAUGACAAUUGGCUGAUCAAAUAUGAUUGUCCGAUGGAUAAUUCCAGCUACCGGGACACAGACUGGGUAGUGGUGAAGGAGCCUGUUAUCAAACUGGCUGCCAUAGACAAUGGGCUGGCUUUCCCUCUGAAGCAUCCUGACUCCUGGAGGGCGUAUCCUUUUUAUUGGGCUUGGCUACCCCAAGCCAAAAUUCCAUUUUCCCAGGAAAUCAAAGAACUGAUCCUUCCAAAGAUAUCUGAUCCUAACUUUAUCAAGGACCUGGAAGAGGACCUGUAUGAGCUCUUCAAGAAAGAUCCUGGUUUUGACAGGGGCCAGUUUCACAAGCAGAUUGCUGUCAUGCGGGGACAGAUCUUGAAUCUAACUCAGGCCCUGAAAGACAAUAAGAGCCCCCUUCAUCUAGUCCAGAUGCCACCUGUGAUUGUGGAGACAGCUCGGUCCCACCAACGGAGCGCCAGCGAGUCUUACACACAGAGCUUUCAAAGCCGGAAGCCAUUUUUCUCCUGGUGGUAGCCCUGCGGACGAAUGAUAUGCUGUGUCAGACUUGGGGACUGGGAGGGAGCCUGGGGAGCAGCUUUUGAGAUAAGCCAGCGAAGCAGGUGAAAUCAUAUACUUAAGAGCCCUCCCCCUCUAGUAGAGCCAAAGAGCUUUGCAAAAUAUGGGGAGAACCACCACCAGACAUACUGGGGCAGUCUUAGUCCCAGGUGUUGCCUUUUACAUUCUGGGUAAGGUCAGAAUUCUGCAGGGGAACAGUAGGGGUACUAGGGAAGGAGCACCUCAUCUAACUUCACCCAGCUGCGGGUUUUGAAAUGCAUCAUCCCAGAUACUCUUCUCUGUUGCAGUUCCCUAUCACUUAUUAUAUUCUGCAUCAGAAAAAAAAAAAACAAAAACAUAACUCCAAAACUUUAGCCACAAUAUCCUGACAGAACAUUAUCUCAAAAACAUACAAAACAUUUUAUAUCAGUUCAGAAAUAACUUUGGAUGAUUCAGAGCCUAUGUGCCCUUUGUAUUCUUGUCCUAAAGACUGUGGAGGUGAGAGAUUGUGUCACAGUGCAUCAAAUUAGAUAAUACUUCUGAGACUGUGAGCUGAAAAGUUUUUACGCUGUCUUUUCCUGCCCACUAGAAAGCUCCCUCUUUUCCUUUUUCACCUUACCAGUGGCAGAUAGUCUGCUUCAGAAUCUACUGGCAUGUUUGUCUUUUUAUUUUUAUGAAGUCCAUUUUAACUUUAGGCCCUUAGGCAGCUUUGUCUAAGGCCACAUGGACCUUACUGGCUCUUAGCCCUGCAGUGGACCUGACCCCUCCAGCUCAGGCCUGUUAGGCAGCUGUAUCUCAAGCAGAGGCAGGAGUGGAUAGACUUGUCAUUAUGAAAUGGAGCCACCUUCCCAGCAUUUAGCUCCUCAUAUGGCCUGAUGUGUUCACUGGGAGUCCUAGUGGACUUAUCUUUACAACUGCUUAAACUUAGUGGACCUUGCUUUAAUUGAUCUGUCAUCCUUCCCCAUAUUUCUAUCAGCCCUAACUUUCAUGAGUGUUUGGCCCUAGUAACUAAAGUAGACUCCCUUUCCCUCAGCAAGCUUGAAUCUCAGCCCCCUGAUGUGUUCUUAGGCUUUUUAAUUCUUUCCCAGCUCUUUUCUCAGAGGAGUAAGCCCGUCCUUGAGAAAGCUUCUUAUUCUGCCAUUUGCUUCAACCUGCCUACAUUUCAUGCCUGGCCUUGGCUCUUAGGGUAAGGAUUUAAGUUCCUCCUUUUGCUGGCUAUUAGUGCCUCGUCCACUCCACUAUCCUGUUCCUAUUGUCCUUUCCUGGGGAAGAAGGUAUGGAGGUUCAAGAAAAAAAAUAGGAAUUUUAUUUUAAUCCUUCAUUGUUUUCAUUGUAUAACAAUGCUUUUCAGAAUAGAACAGCAGGAAGUAAGUGAUGGCAAUAUUUUUUUGUUCCAUCUCUUUCCUUCUGUUAGACACUUUUGUCUUUUUUUUUUUUUUUUUCUUAAAGAAAGCAAGCCCCAAAGGAAGGAGUCCUUCACUGCCUCCCCCAGUGGUCUGCCUUCAGUGGCCACUUCUCCAACAGCUGUCCUUGCCCAGACCUUGGAUUCCUUUCCAUGCAAAGGUUCUUUGAUGGUACUGUGGAAUACAGCAUAUUCCUUGCAGUGAUUGACUUCUUUUUUUAAGGAUGGCAUAUCAUACUACUACAACUAUGUGGGUUUUGGCGUCCUCCCUAUCACAAACAGCAGAAUUAACCUUGCAAAGAAAUUAUCUUGAUGGUUUGACCAGUAACCAAAGAAGGUAGUGCCCUCAAAGCUUGUCCACUUUCUUCUUCCUCAGAGGCAAGGAUAAGAAGAACCAUAGGAUUUUUAUUCUCUAUUAGGAAGAGUACAUAAGUCCAUCUGCAUGGCCCCAAGGACAGGGACAACCUAGCUCUCUAGCACUGACAAUCCCAAUCAGCAAUCCUGUCCUGAUUCUCAGGCUGGGUGACAUGCAUUUGAAAAUAAGUGACCUAUACUGCAAAGGUGGGUGAUUCCCAUAGAGACUAGAGGUUUCUAUUGCUGACUUGCCCAAUUCUGUGGAAACUAGAAUCGAGCUCCAAACUCUAAGCUAAAAAGGCCUUUUGGAGGAAAAUGAUCUUUGCUUAUGAUGUGUAUAUUUUAUUAUAGAUACACAUGCAUAUGUAAAGUUCCCUCUUUACUCACUCCCCCAGGAGGAUGGAGAGAACCCUUGAACAUUUAAGAUGGGGAUGGUUAAAUCCUUAAAUUGUUUUUCCUGUUUAAGAUGAGAAGAGGAUCAGAAGAAAAUUGAGACUGGGGAGGAUAUUAGUUCCUAUUCCCUGGAAGUGAUAAGAAUGUAGGAUCUCUUCCCAGCUCCUAGAAAUUUAAAUCUGAAUGGACUGGAAGAAACCAGAGAUUCUGCAGGAGUCUUCUGAAUAGAAUGGUGCAAACUGAUUCUCUUUUGCUGGCAGGGGGCUUCCCCCCAGCAAUGAAGAGAAAAGAAUUGGAGUCCUGGUUACUGUGAUUGCUGCUGCCCCCAUGUAUUGUUCUAAUGCACUGUAGAAACUGUAUGUAAUGUAUUUAUAACAAUGCAGAUGUACAAAUAACAUGAAUUCAGUUCCAGCUUUCCUUGCCUGGCUUUCUUAGUAGAGGGGAAAGUGAUGCUUUUUAGGGCAAAGAGCAAAGAGGAAAUUGUUCUUGAACAAGACCUGUUUUGUAGUCAGGAUUAAUUUUUUAAAGUAAUAGCCAAGCUGAAAGAGCAAAGUGCUGCAGCCUAUUUUUGCUUCAUUCCUGGCCACUAGAGGGUAACCUUACACAGGUCGGGGUAUCUCUGUACCUGAUAGGCUGUGGAUGUGAAGGAGAUUACUAGAGAGAAGAUCCUUUGUAAACCAAGUAUCCUCCCAUGGAGGUGGCCUGAGUGGAAAUGUGUUAUCUGUGUUAGAGAGAGAUGAUAACAAAACUCUCAUAUCUUAUCUGAGGGGAGUGCAGAACUUGGAGUUACUGAUCUUAGCCCUCCAGUGCCCAGCCACCUAAAGCUCUUUGCAAUUUCUUUAGUGUACAUUUGCUUUCAGCAAGAUGACUCCCUUUGUCCAUGGCUGAAAUAGCUCCCUCUUCUCAUUGUUUACACCAGUUUGAUAUUUCAUCUAACUGAUUAUGCUAAGUCUAACUCUAAAAGCUCAUACUAUGGCCCCAAGAUUUUGUAAUUCUCUUUUAAGACCUCAUCUAUGUGACGUGAGAAAGGUGACUUGGGCCCUCCAUUUCUGUCUUCUAGAUAACUGAGUUGGAAUCCUUAGCAGUGAUACCUUGCCUGAAAUGUGAAGUUUGUUUGUCAGGCCCUUUGUCCCACAUCCCUGAAAGUCCAGUCUCUCAAUCAGUCCUUAAUAGUUUCAUGACAAAUAUACUUCUUCAUUGAGAAAUUUUUAUUAUUAAAUAUUCUUAUCCAUCCAAGGGAACUCUAGCCAGAGUUUACUCUCUGCCUCUGUCUUUUUGGCAGGUAGGCAAAGAAAGAGGCAGCAUGGUGUAGUGGAAAGAGUGCCGAAGCCAGAACUGAGAUCUGGGUUUCAAUUCCAGUACUGACAAUUACUAGCUGUAUGAACAUGAGCAAGUCUUUUAACUUUGCUGACUUUGUUUCCUCAUCUAUAAAGUGGGAAUAAUAAUGCUUGCACUACCUACCUCAAAGGGUUGUUGUGAGUAAAGUGCUUUGUAAACCUUAAA